GGGAAAGGGACCUUAGUUGAGAGGAAGUCAGCAGUAAGAGAAAGGGGAAUGCGCGUCUCGGUUUUUGGCCAUCUGACAUUUAGAAAAAAACGGUUAAUUCAUCAGAAUAUUUGGAAACCGGAUUUAUCUCAGCAAGACUGAAGACUUUGAAUCGAAACGACGACAAAAAGAGGCCGAAAAGCCGCAAAGCAAAGGCACCUAAACUCGAUCGCGACGAAUGUACUGAACGGAAGUAACUUGCCAGCUGUCUGGCGAAGCUUGUGAGUAUCUGAAUGCCAACUUUCUGGAUGAUGGAGUUGAGUCGGCAACUCUGUAUGAAGAUGAGGAAAAGCCGAAAGGCCCAGCUUUCCUCUCCUCCUCCUUCCACUUCGGGCCUGGAGAUUCACUUUUACGUUACAGACUUWGCAAAACUGGAGUACUCUAAAGGGUGUUACACCGCCGAGGAGCUCUGUGUGGCUGCUGCAAAGAAGUGCACCAUCUCUCCGCUGUGCUUUAACCUGUUCGCCCUGUACGAUGAGAAAACUGGCACUUGGUAUGCUCCCAGCCACAAGUUCAACAUCACCGACGAAACAACCAUCAAGCUGCACUAUCGCAUGAGGAAUCCCCAAUCCUCAAAGAUAAAGGGAAGUCGAAGAGGGAUGGAAAACAGAAGAAUGACAGAAAUAAAGAGGAAAAUGAGAAAUGGGUGCAGUUCUGUGACUUUCAUGAGAUUACACACACUGUAAUCAAAGAAUCCGUGGUCACCAUUAAAAGACAGGACAACAAGAAAAUGAUCUUAAACAUGCAAUCUAGUGAAAAGGCUCUGUCGUUUGUUGCCCUCAUUGACGGGUACUUCAGGUUGAGCGUUGACGCUCACCACUACCUGUGCAGGGAGGUGGCGCCAGUCUCAGUGGUGCAGAAUAACGAGAAUGGCUGUCACGGACCGAUCAGUACGGACUAUGCUGUCAACAAGUUGUAUCAGGAGGGCAAUACAGAAGGUGCCUACCUCCUGCGCUGGAGCGCUACGGACUACGACAACAUCAUCAUCACUGUGAUUUGUGAGGGCCUUAAAUCUAGUCCAAGGCAACAAUACAAGAACUUUCAAGUUGAGGUGGACCCUAAAGGGUUCCGUCUGCAUGGUACCGAAACAUCGCGACCCACCCUAAAGGAGCUGCUAGAGCACCUGGAAGGCCAGUGUCUUCGCACCGACAACCUUCAGUUUCAGCUGCUUCGCUGCUGCCCUCCAGAGCCAAGACAGAUUUCUAACCUGCUGGUGGUUUCAAAAAACAAAACACAGGUUCAAAAAUCCACGUCACAGUCACUUGUUGGCUUUCAUCGCAUUCUCAAGGAAGACAUUGACCAGGARGAGCACCUCGGCCGAGGCACAAAAACCAACAUCUACUCGGGCACGCUGAGGGUGAAGAGCGAAGAGGAUGAAGAUGCGGGUUACACAUCUUUCCAGGAGGUUAAGGUGGUCCUGAAGGUGCUUGGUUCUGAACACAAGGACAUUUCUCUGGCUUUCUAUGAAACAGCCAGCAACAUGCACAAAAUCUCUCACAAACACAUCGUGUUGUUCUACGGGCUGUGUGUCCGUCAGGAGGAGAAUAUUAUGGUGGAAGAGUUUGUCCAACUGGGACCACUGGACGUGUUUAUGAAGAGACAACCAAGUCCGCUCAGCACAACUUGGAAGUUUCACGUGGCUGAGCAACUCGCCUCAGCUCUUUCUUACCUGAGCGCGUUCACCGUGUCCCGUGGAUCGCCCCAGAAUGCAUAGAAGACGCAUCAUCCCUGAGUGUGCCAGCUGAUAAGUGGGGAUUCGGUACCACCCUGUGGGAGAUCUGCUUUGAUGGAGAAGUUCCCCUCAAGGAGAAGAAGCUGACGGAGAAAGAGAGAUUUUAUGAGAAGGAGUGCCAGCUGGCCACCCCCGAAUAUGAAGAACUCGCCAACCUCAUGACUCAGUGCAUGAACUACAACCCCAAGAAGAGACCUUUCUUCAGGGCUAUCGUCAGGGACCUGGAAAGAGUUGGCAGUAGGAUACCAGGACUUCCUAUCAACCCCCAAAACAAAACACCAGAGGACCCAACUGUGUUUGAAAGAAGAUUCCUGAAGAAGCUCAGAGAACUGGGAGAGGUGGUCAGGCCAUUAAGCUGAUCAUGGAGUAUCUACCCCAGGGCAGCUUAAAGGACUAUCUACCCAGAAACAAAAGGAACAUCAACCUCAACAUCCUGCUGAGCUACUGUAUCCAGAUAUGUGAGGGCAUGGACUAUUUGGGAUCUUGUAAAUUCAUCCACCGUGAUCUGGCCGCCCGAAACGUCCUGGUGGAAAACGAGACGACGGUGAAGAUCGGGGAUUUUGGUCUSACGAAGAGCAUCAAAGAGAACGAGGGAUAUUACACGGUGAAGGACGAGAAUGAAAGCCCAGUUUUCUGGUACGCUCCGGAGUGUCUGACCUCCUGUAAGUUCUACCUGGCUUCAGACGUUUGGUCGUUUGGGGUGACGAUGUAYGAAAUCAUCACCUACUGUGACUCCACCAAGAGCCCCAUGACGCGCUUCAUGGAAAUGAUGGGUAAAACUCAGGGCCAGAUGACUCUUAUCCACCUGGUGAAGGUGCUGCAGGAYGGAAAGAGGUUGCCUUGUCCUGAUGAUUGCCCCGAGCCGGUUUACGAGCUGAUGAAGAGGUGCUGGGAGCACACGCCUGACAGGAGAAUCUCCUUCAAACGUCUGAUCGAGGAGCUGUCUGUCCUGCAGGAACGCAUCAAACUACCCAUGAGAAAUUAAACCUGAAGCUGUUGGGGGGGUGGGAGUGGGGGGAAGCUUACGUUGCCGGACCAUGAAACUGAUCCCAGAUCUGCUUGUGCAGCUUCACCACCCAGAGACACAAAACCAUCCUAAUCGUAUAAAAACUCCCAAGUUUACCCUGUUGUUGUUCUGAAUCUUAUAUUACCUUUAUGAACGUCUGACAUCUUAUAGUCGUAAAAUUCUACCGUAAACACCACCCUGUACUUUAGAUUGUUCGCUUUGAGUGAAACGUCAAACUUCUGAGGACCCUCGCAGCGCUUUGAGGAUGGCUUUGUUCCUGGAGGAGGAUUGAAAAGAUGGAGACAGAACAGUUGAUGCUCAGUACAGAUUUACAGGAUUAAUCUUUUAGCCCAUUAGCAUCAAAUUAUCUUCUCUUUGGGACAGAACUGAACCAGUUCACUGAUCAAUCAUAGUGAGUCUUCAACGGACACGAUUCAACGACACGUCAAAAAGCUUCUGUUUCACGGACUACUGUUAAAAAAUGCCGCCUUUUUUUAAAAAAAAAUAUAAUUUGUAUCAACGUGCCUAGAUUUGCAGGACGUGGAGUGCAAGUGCAGCUACUGAGAAGUGGCAAUAAAUAAUUCAGAGCCAGUCAGCAGUUUUUAUCCUUACAGCUUGAUCAAAUUGAAGUGAAUGGGUUUUAUUCUUACUGAGCCAAAAAUGUCAACCAUUAAGUCGAGUAAAUGUGAAGAUUGUAAUUGGAUUAAACAAGCCAUUUGAAUCUUUUUAGCCUUUAGGAAAUGUUUGGAACCAAAACAAAAAUUAUAUUUGAAGAAAAAUGUUUUUCUUUGAUCUGUUCAAGCUACAUUUGCACUUUUUAUUUUUUUUGCAUAUAACGCAUCCAUAAGACRUAUUUAAAUGUGUAUGAAGCUCAGUUUGCUGUAGAAGACACACGAGGGCACCAUAACAUCAUGUUUGCUCACUUAUGGAGCUGUAGSUUCGGAACAGUAACAAAGUGCUUUUGCAAGAGAAAAAGCCACAGCUGCUGGUUUUGUUGGGGAAAGAUGAUGAUACAAAAGCAUUUUGCACCGUGUAAUUUUCACAUUUUUAUUUUUGAAAAAAUAUCCUAUUUCAGUUAUAAUUAUCGUUUCUGCAUUUAGCUUUUCUGUAAACUUGCCUAUAUUUCAAGAAAAUAUAUAAAAGUAAAUGUAUGUAAGUGCCACAA